UACAGACUACUAUAUUUUUUUGGAUCCAUGACUAACACCCACCUGAUUUAUUGAUACUCCCACUCUUUCUACUUUUGGUAGUAAAAUAGUACAAAGUUGUACUUACCAAAUGUAGAAAGAAAUGGGCGUGUUUAUCAUAAAGGUGGGUGUAGGUAUCAUCCUCUCUCUACAGUGUGUUUGGAGAUGCAACCAUCUGCAUUCAUUUUCAUGAGAGAGCUCCAAUUCCCAAGAUAGAAUAUUUUUCCCUUACCAUUGAAGCUUUUUGUUUAUUUCUUUCCAUAUGAUGCAAUGCACCCAAUACUCUGGGGAUUGAAGUAGUACAAAUGGGUGCUAUAGCAAUUCCCACAAUCGAAAUGCGGGGGUGUGCAAAUCAAUCAGGUCGAGCAAGUGAGAUAAUGAGGCCUGUGGAAGAUAAGGGAUGCUACAACUAUGGAUCAGCGCAGGACAAUUCAAGCUCUGGCUCUUGUAAUUUUGAAUUUCACAAAGGAAAUGGUCCGAUCAAGGGACCUUGUCAUCAUCGGAUGGUCCUGAGUUCACUUAGCAAACCAACUCCAUCAAAAUGGGAUGAUGCCCAAAAAUGGCUGGCUGGCUCAAGCCACGCGAAGACCAAACCUCGGAAUUCAAAUGCAGAAGAUCGGAGAUUAAUCGUUCCAACCCCACAAAAUGGGAAGGACUCAUCUAGCAGCGAUGAUGAAAGGGUUGAAGAUAGAGGACUAGACAUUAGCAAUCAAGAUGAAGGGGUGACAAAAAACAUCGACUGUAACGAGUCAUUUUGGCGAGUCAAUACCCCAUUGGAGGAUUCAAUAUUGGCCAUGAGAUCGGUUUGUUUGAGAGAUAUGGGUACGGAGAUGACCCCCAUUGCUAGUCAAGAGCCGUCAAGAACAGGCACUCCACUUAGAGCCACAACACCGGCAAUAAGAAGUCCUAUUUCUUCUAGAUCGUCAACUCCCGGAAGGGGCCGUCAAGGAGCUCAGGCCCAUGAAAACUACCAAAUGGGUCUCAAUUCUUUGGAGAACAGAAGUGGAGCAAUGCAUUUCAGUGGAGUGAGUCUGACUGGGCAAUCAAACAAAGAGGAUCCAGAAACAGGCACUUGCAAAGUACGUGAGAACAACAAUUUGGAGAAUGCUAGAAAACCCAGUUCUCUUGAGACCCGAGCAAUGGCUUGGGAUGAAGCGGAACGUGCAAAGUACAUGGCAAGGUAUAAGCGUGAAGAAGUGAAGAUAGAAGCCUGGGAAAAUCGUGAGAAAAGAAAAGCUGAAAUGGAAAUGAGAAGGAUGGAGGUAAAGGCAGAAAGAUUGAAAUCUCGAGCACAAGAGAGGUUGGCUAACAAGAUAGCGGCAACACGAAGAAUAGCAGAAGAGAAGCGGGCAAGUGCAGAGGCCAAACUGAAUGAGAAGGAAGUGAGGACUUCCGAGAGAGCAGAUUACAUUCGGAGGACUGGUCAUUUGCCGUCUUCCUUCUCCUUCAAGCUGCCUUCCCUCUGCUGGUAAGAACUCCAUGCAAUAUAUUCCAUGUAAUAUUAGUUGGUUGUUCUUGUUGCAUUUCUUUCUCAUGUUUCGCAUUGGUUAUGUUGCCAGUACAAGUGACUCGGUCGACAGAUUCAUUUUUGUAUUGUAUUUUCUCAUUAAUUAGUACAAUUCCUCACUGAAAGCUCCUCUAAUGA